UUAAAGGAUAAGUUGACCUUUUAGAAAAAUAAAUAAAUGCACUUUUUUUGCAGGUAAAAAAUGUGCAUUUAUUAUUUUUGUCUGCAGGAGCCUGUAAAGCAUUGCAACAGCGAUCAGCAGAUCACUGGUGCCAUGCAGGUCUCCUGCAGAUCUGUCAGAAUAUCUGCUUGCUCGUACAGGAUGUAUGAGCAAGCAGAUAUACUGACGGGAAGAAUCAAUGUACUACCACGGCACUCUACAGUGCCAUGGUAGUUCAUUGAAGACUACAAGCUGACAGCCCCUAAGGCUGCCGGGAAUUUUAGUCUCUCAUUCA